UCCUUCCUCAUCCUGACCAUGCUCUCGUUAUCUCCUACUCAAUUUCUUAGACCUCCUCCUUCUGCUUCUCCAAGCGCCGGAUUCCGGCCGCCGAUCAUCAUCGCCACCGCUACCGCCACCACGACCACCACUACUUUCAAAGAGAAGAAAGCGUCAUCUUCGUAUCUGCGACCUCCUCAAGGUCGUAUGGCUUCAUCGACGUCGCUGUACGAGAUCCUGGGGCUACCGACGGGGGCCACGCGCGAGGAGGUAAAAUCGGCUUACCGUCGGCUUGCGCGGGUCUGCCAUCCGGACGUGGCGGCGGUGGAGCGGAAGGACAGGUCGGCCGACGAGUUCAUCAAGAUCCACGCCGCAUACUGCACCUUAUCGGACCCCGAGAAACGCGCCGUUUACGAUCGGAAGAUUUUCCGGCGGCCUGUCCGGCCCUUGUCGACUGGAUUUUCAGGUUACACCGGUAGGAAUUGGGAGACCGAUCAGUGCUGGUAGUGAUGAGUAGACUCGCUCGAGUUUAACUAGUCGAGGUUCUUGUGUAUAUAGGAAAGAAGCUUUAGUCUCUAACUCUUGGCACCGGCGGAGGUGAAAGACUUCCAUGCCGAGCAAUCAUAGCCGUUGGAUUCGCCGCUUGUUCUGGUAUAUCCACUUAGCGCGUCGACAGCUUGAUUUUCCUGUGAUAGUGAAAAACAAGGAAAACAAUGUAAGAUUGCUCUGCAAGUUAAUUAUGAUCCAAAAUUAGUAAUUAAGGGAGUUUUAGUUUUUUGCUUUAAAUAUAUGUCAGCAUAUACGUAUAUGCAUAGAAACGUAAUAAAUACCGUAGUCAACUUUUCAA